UCGGAUAGCUUCAUGCUCAACGCGUCAAAUUGGGAGCACAGAUACAUGGCCAGUCCGAAGAAGAAACUGGUAGUGCCGAAGGCCAGAUGCCGACGCAACUGAGAGCAAAUCUGUGCACCGAUAAUGUCACGGUAACGUCUCUAUGGAAGAUCAUUCCGAAUCGGAUCCGAGGACUUCUGUCGCAAAAAGGAAGCACAUUGCGCAGCUGUAAUUUACAUACCGUGACCUGGAUAAAAACUGGCAGAGCUAACCCGAUCUCGAUAACGAGCCGUUCGAGAUUUAAACGCUUGAUGUGUGCCAUAGCAUCAAACAAAAAUCCACGGACUCGAGAAUGCCUCGCAGCUUUCGGAGCAGAGACGCGAGAAUUCAUGCAAGUGCAGAUAAUAUUCCAGUCGUGGUGCAGGGAUCUGCAUCGAGUCGAAAGCGUGCAUUGUAUUGCCGGCUUCUACGCUCCGAAGUCAGGGGACUUGCUCAGGUAGGUAAGUACCGUUCGACGGGCUACGUCUGACGCCAGUCACGCCACAACCUUCGUC